AUGGCUCCAAGCAAUGCUACCACUCCUCUCGAAGCCUCACAAACGAGGGAGCUUUUUCAAAUUACGGAAAACCUCUCUACUUGCCAAGCCAUGAAGAUGCAAUUACAAUCAAGGCUCGGAAGUGAUGCGGCUGAAUUCUUUUAUUUUGCCUGUAUGGAUACAUUAUCAGUGGUGAGAGAACAAGAAUCAUCAUCUUUUGAAAAUAAUUUGUUACUCAAUAGAAAAUCAUCUUCUGUUCCAUCAACUUGUCUUUCUAAAUUGGAUAUUAUUGUUCGUACAAAGGAAGAAACUUGGAAUCCACAAGAUCCUGAACAAGUUUCCACAUGGAUUCCUAAUCCUCGUUUCAACAAUGAUGAAGCAUUCACACAAAAAACCUUUGGAGCAAUGGCUGAUUGUUUUGCUAGUGAUAGUAGUAUUGUUCAAAGAGUACAAAAGAAGCACCAAAUGUUAUCCAAACUUUCCGAAGGAGGAAUGAAUUCCAUCAUGCCAACCUUUACAAAAACUUUGAGAGAUUUAAAGGAACACAAUGGAGGAAUUAAAAAUUCAUCCUCCAAUGAAGAAACAAAGAAAUUAUUUGACACUUUUAAUAAGGAAGCCCAACAGCGUUUUAUUUCAUGUAUGAAGGCCCAAAAGAAUACAAUUCCAGCAAAGAAUGAAGAAUUUUCUGUUGCUGUUGCUACUGAUCGUUGUAGUGCUACCAGUUUUGAGAAUUUCUUUAAGGGAAUGAUUUUGUCUUGUCAUAAAUCUGUCAGUUCAUGCGUCGAACAAAGUAGAAUGAAGAAGAAUUUGGAGAGUGAAAAUGUUUUUGGAGUUUUGGCCUGUGUCACUGAUUUGCAACACAUUACACAAGAAGGAUGUGCCAAGUUUGCUGUUGAACACAUUGAUGAAUUAUCACGUACUUCAUUAGAUUAG